CUCCUGGCUCAAGAGAGUACGCCUUCGCGGCUCCUGGUGCAAACUUAUACACUCACUUACCUCACGAUUACUUACUACUUGGUCUCAGACCUGUCGUCAGUUCUUCAAGUACAUACAUGUCCGUGGUACCAUCUCGCCUCCGCCACCUUCCCGCCCGCGGGCGGGCACGCCCUGCCGCUGAAGCUGCGCCUGGGCGACGGCGGCAGCCGCGCCGCCGGCAGCGACACCUGCACCGGCUCGGACCGCGACGGCUCAGACACGGCCUCGGACGGCGCCGCGGAGCCCUGGCCCGCCGUGGGCGCCUGCCUCCCCCUGGGGCUCCGCCUCCCGCCAGGGCUGGGCCCGCCCCCUGGCCUCUGCCGCGAGCCCACCUUGUGCGCGGCCGCCCCCGCUGGGCGCACGGCCCUCCGCAGCCAGGCCGAGGUGUACUCGCCCCUGCGCAGCCAGGCCGAGGCCUUCGUGCCCAAGUGCCUUGCGCUGGCGGGAGUCGCCCGCCCAAGGCUCGGCGGCGCCGGCCCAGAGGCUUCCAAGUGGACGACGGUGAUGAUCCGCAACGUGCCCCUGUCCUACACGUGCGACCGGCUGAUCGAUCUGCUGGAGUCCACUGGGCUCUCUCGGCGCCUUCAGGAAGCAUCAUUACAAAUCCUGGACGCUAUUUUCGCAUACCGCCGCCUAUUUCCGAUCGCCCGGUCUUUCCCAAGCUGCUGCGGCGCUGACAGGCACGCCGUGGUGUUACCAGGCACAAUGUGGCCGUCGGAGGCCAGAGCGUCGUGCACAGGUCCGUGGUGCUCGCAGGCACGCUGUGAGGCGCACGGGCAUAGUUGUGGUGUUCGCGGGCUAGCGCGGUGCCCGCAGGCAUACUCUUGGCGAGGGGGGUCUGCAACUUCACCGGAUUGCAAAACAGCAGACGCCUCAUUCUCAUAG